AUGUCUGUCCGCGUCGUUGCGCGAAUCCGUCCUUUGCUCUCGCAAGAGCUGGAUAAGGAUAUUAUUGUGACUGCAGCCAGCACCGAGGAUGGCAAAUCGAAUACGCUGGUCCGGAUACCGAGCCCCAAGAAUGAAGCCGAAGAGUUCACCUUUGCCUUCAACAGCGUGUACGAUCAACCGACCACGCAGGAGGAGCUUUUCACUGCCGAAGUUGCGCCUCAUCUCAAGGCCCUUUUCCAGGGUCUAGAUGUCACCAUCUUUGCCUAUGGCGUCACUGGAACCGGAAAGACGCACACGAUGCGCGGUGGACUGAAGCUGGCAGACCGCGGGGUGAUUCCCAGGCUGCUCAGCGGCGUCUACCGUCGGGCAAAGAAGAUUAUGAAAGACUCGAAUGACGAGACGGUGGUAACAGUCGCUCUGUCAUAUUACGAGAUUUACAAUGACAAGGUCUACGACCUCUUCGAACCCCCUGAGAAGCGAACCCCGACCGGACUGCCGCUGAGAGAGGCCCACGGUAGAACACAUGUCGUUGGCUUGACCGAGAGACCUUGCGAAGAUCUCAAGGACUUUGAGAAGCUAUACAUUGAGGCAAACAACAACCGCAUCACAGCUGCCACCAAGUUGAACGCACACAGCAGUCGAAGCCAUGCCAUAUUGCGGGUCAAGCUUGUCCAGACCACUGGAGAUAUGGUGCGAGAAAGCACAGCUUCAGCCAUUGACUUGGCUGGAUCGGAGGAUAACCGCCGAACAGAAAACAACAAGGAACGCUUGAUCGAGUCAGCCGCCAUCAACAAGAGUUUGUUCGUGUUGAGUCAAUGCAUUGAGGCCAUCUCGCGAGGCGAUCGCCGCAUUCCCUUCAGGGAAUCCAAAAUGACGAGAAUUCUGUCGCUCGGCCAGAAUAAUGGCAUAACCAUCAUGAUUCUCAACCUGGCUCCUCUCCGGAGCUACCAUCUUGACACUUUGAGCAGUCUCAACGUCAGCUCACGAGCGAAGCGCAUCGAGGUCCGAGAAAUUGAAAACGAGAUUGUCUACAAGCAAGUCCCGCGCACAAAUUCUGGAAGCUCCAAUGGCAGUAUUGCGCGUCAACCCUUACGGCCUCUGACGAAUGCGCACAAUGUCGCAUCCGGGCAGAUUGCCGCCAAGGAAAAGGAAAACGAGAAAGCCGCAGCAGCAGACAAACCAGUAAAGUCAUUUAGUGUGUACAUUGAUCGAGCAAAGCCUUCCGCUUUAGCUCCGCGUCCCGUCAACACUGCCUUGAAGCGAACAUCGUCGACGCUCCAGAAGCGACCUUCUGACCAAGACUCGGGUAUCGCUCGGCCUUCAAAGAUCUCUCGACCUGGCUCCAGCUUACUUGCUCCACAACCCACGAGCAGACCUCAGCCCGUGAGCCAGCCAGCACAGCAGACAGUCUCAGCUGAGGCCAUCGAGGCAAUGGUGGAAAAGAAGGUUGCUGAGAUUCUGGCUUCCCGACAACAGGCUGCGCCUGCUCAGCCAGAGAUCAGCGACGCAGUACAGAAGCGUCUCGAAGCCCUCGAGCGACGGAUAGAGGAUGGUCGACAUGAUGACUCCAAGUCCGAGGGUCUCCGCUUUUUACUCAUGGCUAGGCAACACAAGGAGCGCGGUGAAGACGCAAGUGCCCUCACAAUGUACGAAUUGGCACUUCCAUACUUCCCAGGACAGGCCAAGUUGUUGUCAAAAAUUGAAAAGUUAAAGGCCAAGAUUGCUGCCAAACGGCAAGGCCAAGACACGGUUGAAGAUGCCGCGGCCCUAGAGGUGCUAUCGCCCAUUGUGCAUAAGAAGAAGGUAACCCGCUACGCCGUGGACGAGGAUUACGAAGCCGACGCAGCUGACGACGAUGGAAGCUUUGUGCUUGAACAACAGAAGAAACCCAAGAAGGCCAAGGCCACGAAGACAGCGGCUAUCCUAGACGAUACGGACCCCAUGGAGCGGUUGCUCAACAUUAUCAACUCUAGAGAUGCCAAGACCAUCCAAAAGCUCAAGGGCUUUGGCCCCAGAAAGGCCCAAGACAUGGUCGAGUAUCUAGUCGAAGAGGGCCGCCCUGUCGAAAACAUCCGCGAGCUCUACGCCGUUCCCGGCCUGGGACGACUUUUGGAAAAGGCAUUUGACGGACUUGUGGCUGGUAGUGCGUGA